GAAAAUCAUGGAUCCCGUGGGUCCGACUGUACUCAUCAUUGGCGCCGGCAUUUCUGGCCUCGCAGCCGCGCAGAAACUUCACGAACGGGGCUUCAGGAACUUCAGGAUUCUUGAGGCUACGGGCCGAAGCGGAGGAAGAAUUCGGAGCCGGAAAUAUGCUAAGGGGCUGGUUGAAAUUGGUGCUCAGUGGAUACAUGGACCAUCACCCAGUAAUCCAGUUUUCCAGUUAUCAACCCAGUAUAACCUCUUGAGCUCAGAGGCUUUGUCUGAAGAAAACCAGUUGGUGGAAUUAGAGGGACACCCCAUGUUUUCAGUGAUUUACAGCAGCUCAGGCAAACAGAUCAAUAGAGGGGUCGGUGAGAAUGUUGUGGAGAUGUUUUCCUCUUGGCUUCAAAAGAGUCGAGAGUUUACUAAAGGGGGUUGUAACCCAGAGGAGAGUGUUGGAAGUUUUCUGCGUCAGGAAAUAUGUAACAGCUAUAGUAACUGGGAAAGAGACUCACUAGAGCUGAAAAUGGCAUUGCUGAGUGGCCUUUUUAAACUUGAAUGUUGCAUCAGUGGGACGCACAGUAUGGACUAUGUGGCUCUUAGUUCUUGUGGGGAGUAUGAAAUGCUUCCUGGGCUGGACUGCACAUUCCCUAGGGGAUAUGAAAGUCUUGUGGACCAUAUUAAAGCUUCAUUUCCUAGUGACAAUGUCUUACUAAAUAAACCUGUAAAAACGAUUAAUUGGAAAGGAUCUUUCAGUGGUAGUGACUCCCGUAUAUAUCCAGUGCAAGUAGAGUGCGAGAAUGGAGAAACUUUUGUUGCGGAUCACGUAAUCCUGACUGUUCCAUUAGGUAUCGGACCUGUUAUCUGGGAAAAUUAUGGGAAGGUCAUCUCCCAUAGACUGCACUGUAAUGAAAUAAUUAAAAUUUGAAAUGAAAAAAUGAAAUAAAAAAAGUUUCCUUUGUCCCUGUAAUAAUAAAACAGAACUUUGUACUUGAUCCAAACUAAGAUAUAAUUCAUCACUUAUUGGAGGCAAAACAAUGCUAUUAGGUUUAACCCUUUUACUACCAGCUGAUUUUUUGUAAACGGAACAUGUAUUGCCAAGCAAUUUUGAAGCAUUUUGCGCUCAUUACAUUUGUUAAGCUUUUUCGACAGGAAAUCAGGGUUAUUAUAUAUUGUUUUUUCCGGUACGAAGUGGACAUUAACAUACAUGCUUUAUUUUUUAAUUUUUCUUAAUGUGUAACCAAAAUUUUGGGGUAAAUAUGCAAAAAAUUAUCAAAAGUGUCUGAUUUUGGUAGUGUUUUUUACAAUAAAAAUUAAAUUUACUGACAAAAA